UUCAAAUGGGAUUACGUCAGUAGAAGCUGAGGGGAUGUGUUUGGUUAGUGUUUAGUGGAAUUUCAAAAUAAGAUUUAAUUACACUCAUACUAGAUCUAGCUAGUAGUUGCUGUAUGCGUAUCUAGUUUUUUCUGACCUUUGGAAAUAUGGUGAAAACUGUUUAGCGGUGGACUUAUCCUGUUCAAUUAAAAUACAUGGACGUUUUAUUAAAAGUUGUGACCACAUCAAAGAACGGCUAGAAACAAAUUUAUUUACAUAUUAUAGCAGACAGCUUUUUCAAUUCAAACAUGCUAGAAGAAGCAAGGAAAGACAACUCACUAGAGAGGGGACUUAUGAUAUUGUCAGGCGGCCAAGACAAAUAUGGAAACUUUCUGCUGACAAUUCCAACAAACAGGCUAGAAGAACUUCAGCAAUGGGGCUUUGGGGAGUUGUCUGCCCUGAUCCUCCACUUGGCCAAAAUAGCCAAAAGUCAUAAAACAUCAAAGGAAAGCUUGCCUGCAAACAGUCAAAAUUCACUUGCAUGUCUUGCAGAUCUGAGAAAUGCAUCUACAGAUGCUAUUACUCAGAUUAUUGAAAGCUUAGAAGCAACUGAGCAUCAUAGCAGAGGAACAAUUAGUGCCGUUUACUUUCUAAGCCCUGUAAAAAAAAGUAAAUCACACAUCCUCAAAAAAUUGCUUGGUUUAAAGCCAAGCAAAUCAAGGCCUAGGAUUCCACUUUUUAAGAUCCUACUUUUCAAAACAAUCCAAGAGCUUCACAAUCAGAUUGAUGUAUCUCAGCUUACUGUGGAUUUCUUUGGUACACUUCAGUACAACCAUACUGCGUGGAUGCACUUGUACAAUGUGGUUAUCAGGUGUAUUGAAGACUGUGCCAACGUAAUGACCAAACUACCCAGUGUGAAAGACAGAGUUGAUCUGCUACAUGAGUAUGAGACAGACGGCCAGACUUCUAAUCAACUGCAGCAGCUUCUAGCAGAUCUGAUAGAAAAGUACCAUAUCAUUAUUUCAGAUUCAUCACUACCACUAUACCUUACACUAAGCAAGCAGACCCUUUUCCUAUUGGAAAAUCCAGCAACUGACAGUCAGUUGUCAUCAGUCCACCCAAAUCUUCUCGAAGGAUUUAAAUUACACCUGCGUGAUUUGUAUUCUGCCCUUAAUUGUUGGAAUUCUGACCUAGAAGAAGCUUGGAAAACCACAGAAAACAGACUGACACUUUUGAUAAAACUAUAUAAGCACAGAGAAAGAGCCAAAGAGAUUGAACGCAAAAUCUGGGAACAUUACCACCCUCUACUACAAGAGCAUCCAAUUGUAGGGAAAACAUUAAGCCAAGCUGAGCUGUACAGAGCCCAUUUCACCACAACUCUUUAUGAACCUGCCAAGGAGCUACUUAGUCAAGCCACAGAAAUACUAGAAGCUGUUCAGAAACUUAAGAAUGGUGCAGCUGUCACAAUAAAUGGUGCUGUUUCUGGUCAGCUAACCAGUGUUGCUGGGGGAAGCAUUGAUAUCAGUGACAUCAGCAGCUGCUUGACCACCAGUAUACAACCAUUUGCCUUACAGCUCCAACACCUGCAACAGCUUUAUGUCAACAUUCACAUCUUCCAUCUCCUCUUUGAAAAGGCACUGAGCUGGUACAAGAAAGUCUUGAAAUUCAUCCCUGAAAGUUUGCUCCAGAGGUGCACAUUAGAAUCUGAACAUGCCACACUUGACCUGUCAGCUUACAGCCUCUCCCCAACAGCAGUGGAAAGUCUUGUGUUUAUGCCCACUGAGUGGCUGGGUGCAGUCAGGGUGUUUUUAUCUCGGCAUCCUCCACCAAGACCAGAGCACAUUGAAAGACUAGAUGAAAGUACGCCUCAACAAGUGGACAGAAAGCUUAGAGCGCAAGCUAGAUCUUUAGCUCUAAGACUUCGACUGCUGCAGCGAAUACUUUCAAGUACUCGACUUCCUCUACGCCUAGUAACAGCUGUUGUUGGAUGGAAAGCUGAACUUUUUGGUACUCCACAAACUGAAAAACUACCAUUUAACCAUCACUUGUCUAACUCAUCCAAAGAUAAAUCAAAACCCCAGCUAGAUGCAGCUCAAGCAUUAAACGACUCUGUACCAAAACAACCUCCUCACAAGGUUCCAGAGAAGAGUUCCAGGAAUAAGAAAACUUUAGGUUAUGAACAAGAAGAGAGUUUCACAUUGACUACAGGAGAAUCACCUGCUAGCCCAGAGGCCAUGAAAAGUUUUGAAAAAUCACUGCAAAGAAAAAUCCCAGUUAGAAACCUGCUAAAGUCUAAAAGUGUUGAGUUCAAUUUCAACAGCUCCAGUACUGAUGGGAGUGUUUUUGAUUAUGAUAAAGCUGUGUUAGGAGCUCAACAGCUGGCCAUGACUUCUGAAUCUGGCGGAGUGGAUGUAAAACCAAAAGCUUUUCCACGUAGGACUCGAGGAUUCAGUAAAGACGUAAGGCCUAUUUCUCGUAAGGAAGCAGUGAAGGAUGUAUUACACCAUGAACAAGCUUUCUAUGAUCCCACAGACCUACAAGCCAGUCAAAACUCUGACCAUGACUACAGUUACCUUGAUCAGCGAGAGUGCAAGACAGAGUCCAGUAAUGGAAAUGAUGAAAUCAGUUUCCAAAACCAAACAGAACCAACUCCUGAGCCCCCAGAAUCUGAUUCUGGUCCUGCAGCUAGAAAAUUAUCUCACACUAUGCAAGAAGAAGAAAAGCAGAUUGAUAAGUUUACUCCCCCUAAUGUUAAUGAGAGAUUUAUUCGUCUGACCUUCACCCCUAAAGAGAUCAAACAAGGCUCUGAGUCUACAUUUAAAUUUGAUGAAAUAGGCAAGAUGCCGUAUCAUUUAGAAAAUCAAUAUCAAGUGAAAAAUUCACCUACAUCUGAUUUUGAUAUAAUUGAUCCCUAUGACAACCUAGUAAAAAGAAUUCGAGAGAUCUCCUCAAGUGAUUUAAAUAACACGGAAAAGCUGAAGAGAGUUACUGCCCUGCUAUCAGACAGCACUUUAAAUAAAAGUCACAGACCAGUUGGUAAUCUCAGCUCCUCAAAGCAUUCAGUCUCUACACUAGACUUGAGACCACGGGCACAACACAUUGAUUACAGAACAGAUGACUACCAUAAUGAGAGGCCUGUGGACUCUGUGCUUAGAAUGAAAAGAAACUUAGCAAAAUCUAUGGAAGAAUUAAAUGUCAUUUGUUCAAAUACAGAAAGUUUACCUGCUGUUUCACAAGAAUCAAAUCCUGCAACUGGGAGGUAUGUGUCUGGUUCAAGCACUUUACCUCACAGCAGGCAUGCAUUUGGAACCAGCGCCUUACCUGGUGGCAGGUAUGUUUCUGAGCUGAAAAUUUUACCUCUGUAUCAACUCCCUGGAGGAGAAACAAAAGAAAUAAAUCCCCCAAAACCAAAAAGAACACCAGUCUCCAUGUCAGAUGUGGAGGCUUCACAAAGUCAACAUCGAGAUGACCAAAGAAAAAAUUACAGUUGGUCGGAUCAGGACUCUUUCAGUCCCAGCUCUAGCUGGACAUCCAACAGACAAGAUGUGCCUUUAAUGGCAGCAAACUUCAACACAAUGUCAGACUCUAGUUCCUUGUCUGCCAACCAAGCACCUUCACAUUUACAUAGCAGACACAGCCAAGAACUUGACAGCCCACAUACAAGACCAUCAAGCUUGAGCUUGUAUUCAAGCAGGAAUUUCUUAUCACCAUCAUUCUUACGCCCUGCAUCAUCCAUGAGAGAACUGAACACUGCAGUGCCUUCCCUUGUGUACAGCCACCAUCAAGACACAGACCCAGACUCUGAUUAUUUGGCAUUGGAAGAUAUUGAGAUGUUAAGAACACUUCAAGAGGAUCCUCUUUCCAAUCAGUUUUCAAAGCUCAGUUCUAGCACUGAUAAAAAAUAUCAAAGAAGGAGAUCUAAUGAAAAUGUAAAGAAAAAAGAUGAAAGCAAACCUGUUGUGGAAGAAAACUAUUCACCGAUACGAACAAGAUUUCCAAUUUUAUUUAAGGAUCUACAUAGAGACAGUGUAUCCAUACCGGAUAUUCAUGUGAACUACCUUUCAUUCUUAGAAAGUUUUGAUAGUCCUGAAAAAGCAGGACAUGAAGAGGAGUUUCGUUUUUUACAGUCAACAAACUAUGACAGGUUGACAAUUGAAGCUGAUCAUGAAUACUUAAGUCAAGAGGAGGUAGCAGACAGUCUGAGGAAAACUCAAAGAAUUCUAGAAGAGGAAGAAAACAAAAGACAACACUUGGACCAUGAUAUUUCUGAUCUUAGUGCUGAUGAUGAAGUAGGGGAGGGAAUUUUGAGAGGAGCCAGAGGCUUGAGCAACACAACAUCUAUUGACAAUGGCUAUGGAUCUUGGGCCAGUAAAUUAGUGUCAGCACUGAGCACUAGCUCAGAGGGCCCUGAAUUAGAAGCAGAUAGAGACAGACCACUGGCAGAUUCUGACCUUUACUGAAACAAGGCACCAACGUUAUGAUGACAGUUUUAUUAUGCAUAAGUGCAAUCAUGUAUUUUAAUUGUUAUUAGUUGUAAAAAUAUAGCAAUUUUUUAAUGAACUAAAUAAAUCUAAAUAUAAUUUUUAAAAGGUUACCCAUCAUGGAAAUACAAAAAUAUAAUAAGCAUGUUAAAAUUUUUAUCCCAAAUAUAUCUUUCUGUAUACCACCUACUCACCAGAUUAGUAAGUUUGUAUAUUUAUCUAUAUUUCAUAGUUUCUAAUUAAAUAAAUCGAAUAUAAAUAAUGUUAAUAACUAAAAACUAUUUUUUUAAAUGUAAUUAAAUAGCAGAUUAAUAUAUUUGCUAAAAUUAAGUUGAUUUUCCUCAUAAUAAAGAGCAUUUAAUAUAUUUUGCUUUAAAGUAAAGGAAACUAGCAAAUAAUAAGUUCACUCACUAUGAAGUAAAUAAAAUAAAGGCAUUUGGUAUUUUUUUGGUACAUACAUAACAAACGGGUCAUCCAUAAAUGACUUCCGUUUUAUUUGCACAUUUUUUUCCAUACCCAUCCUAUGCUUAUAACACAUCAAUUUUUUCACUUCUUAGUUCAAGAAACAUUUUUUCUAGGAAUCUGAUGUAAUGUAUGGAUGACAACCUGAGCUAGAGCAGUAGGGCAAUAUUAAAAUUGCAUUAAACCAAAAAACAUUUAUGUUAAACAACAAUAAUUAUAAAUAUUUUAUUUUUAAUCAUUAUUUCU